CCUACUUGGGAGCGGUGAAAUCGUAUCGCGGAUCUUGUCCCUGUUUACUUGUGUAAUUGUCUGUCGCAAUGUCGCUUGAAUACGCUCGCGUUGGAACCAUCGAAGACAUCACUUCAAGUGUGUAUCGAGUCUUUACUUUGAUUCCUUUAUUAGUUGGCACUACGACAAGCUUCCUCCAAGCAACGGCUGCCGAAAUUCGUCUGACAAGAGUGAAUUGGCAGUCUUAUCUUCAGUAAGCUGUGAUUUUCACGAUCUUGCGUCGUUUCAGAGGACAGAUUAUCAAUACAGAACAAUUUAACUUCAUCACCCGCUUGGACAAUUCUCCUACACCCGAGGCUCGAACUCGAGUUAUCAACGAAGAUCCGCAACUGGUUUGAAACAUUUGCCUUUUACCAGCCCACCUAGACUGCACGAGUCUUUAUUUUCAUCCUGAACCGCAUAUCAAAGGAACAGACAUUGCAGUAUAUACUUACACUUUUGGACGACAUUCUUCAGGUAUUUAUGCUUGAAGCUAUUCACCAUCUUUUAUAGGAGGACAAAUUACGCGUGGAAAUCUUCUGCUCAUGUUUUCAAGACUCUCGGGAGGCAAUAUGGCCACAUUUUUUCAGCUUCUUUCAACGUGGUGACCCUUUCUGUAUGUAUCAAGCAUCAAGAAUCGUCGCUAAGUUUGCCUGUUGGUCUCGUCAACUAAUGGAAGAGAAAGAACUGAUGUAUUAUCUUAACUGGUUGCGCGAUCAGCUGCUUAUACCGAAAAACGAAUAUGAUCAAACAGUUGCUCGGAACUUGCAAAUGAUGCUACGGAUACCGAAAUAUCGCGCGCGAUACGCUGAAGUGGGAGGAAUUGAGACUAUCGUCGAAGUUUUGGGUGACAAACGUACUGGGCUUCAGCUGCAAUAUCAGUUGAUAUUCUGUCUCUGGUGCAUGAGUUUCGAUUUGGAACACGUACAGAGAAUGUGUAGAAGCCCACUGUUCAUCCCUACGGUAGCUGAUAUUUUUCGGGAAGCCGAGCGCGAAAAGAUCAUCCGCAUUUCGCUGGCUCUGUUCCGACGAACCAUCGGUGUCAACACUGAUGUUGCUUUCUCUGAUGAUGAUGAUGACGAUGACAAUGAUGAUGAAGAUAAGGAUGAGGACGAGGAUGAUGAUGGUGACGAUGAUGAUGAUGAUGAUAUUCCCCAAUUGACUGUGACCGCUUCAUGUACAAUCUUUGAGAUAUCACGGAAUAUUUUUUGGCCCAUUACGUUUAUAAGUGUGUUGCCAGUUUUCCUGUCCGAAAUCAGUCCUAAGUCCCAAUUGGUGAUGCGGCCACCGGGUACCAUGGCAGGACAAGACAUAGCUAGUCAAGCGGAUGAGGGUCUUUAUCAGUUAGGCACAAACAAUCGGAAGUUCUUUGACGGAUUGGAAAAGCAACUUACUCCAGCGGAGCGUCGGACUUGUGGUCUUAGCCUGGUUCAGUGCAAAGUGCUCCGACAACUGGAUCUCCUGCGUCAAAAGGACUAUAGCCAUGAUCCCGAACUAACUGACGAUAUGAACUUUCUCAACGAGAAACUUUCAGCAAGCAUUCAAGAUGUGAGUAGUCUGGAAGAAUACACGACAGAAUUAAAGUCGGGUCGUUUGGAGUGGUCUCCCGUGCAUAAAUCGGAAAAGUUUUGGCACGAGAAUGCUGUCAAGUUCACAGACAACAAUUAUGAAGUCAUCAAACCGUCCUCACCCUACCUCACAAGCGACGGGCUCACUUUUUCACGAGCUCAGCAAUGUAGUUCUGUUGAACAACAAGCACCGAAAGUUAAGUCCGAGAAGUUAUCCUGGUUCCAGUGUUUCCAUUUCAAAGCACACAACAAGAACAGACCCAAAAAUCUAGCUCGUAAAUCACACUUGGCCAAGAAACAGGAAGAAACCGAACUGAAUCCUGGGGGUGGAUAUCCUUCUUCAGAUGCGCCCGGUGGGGAAGUUACGUCGAGUGUGCUUUCUCCUCUUUCUAUAGUCACCACUUCUAACGUCUCCAAAGUUACUACACAUUCAACCCUCGCUUUAAAUAUACGGGAGGUUUGUAACGGAUUUUUAGGCCUGUUCAGUUUGGUUUCGAAGGGUCGAGUCACGAGCAGUACGUUGAUUACAAAAUCCAUUCCUGAUAAGAAAACCUUGUUUCCCAUGGAAGCGUGCAACACUGCAAGAAUGCUAGCGACACAGAAACAAUCAAGUUUCCCGUUUGUCACUGACCUCGACUGUCGGGACAAGUUUCUUGCUUGUUUUGAGCCAUCCAUGUUGAACAGUAUCUCAGUGCCGAGCAAUCUGUCUGAAACCUCAAGACAAACUCCAGCGAACUCAUCAUCCCAUCUUUUCACACUGCAUUCCAAACAUCCAGUUAACUCUUCAAGCACUAGGUUGCCUAGUUCACCUGAUUUAGGUUCUCAGUUUGGAACGACACGGUCGAAAACUGCUUAUCGUGUGUCGGGGUCUUCCUAUGCAACACCAACUGACCAUCAUCAUGUAUGCCAUACAAUGGACUUUAACCGCGUUUCCUCACGAACAGAGAGUCCCAAUCGUUGUGGGCUUGACGCAACCUGUCUAAAUGCUUUUAACCCACACUUUACGCCAGCGAACGCCACAGACACAGAAGUAAUGUACCAUGGGAUAUCACAAUGUGUAGCUGAGGUCUUCCCUUCAAGACCCACUUUGGAAGUAGGUGACAAACGUGGACUCACAAACCUCGAAGAAAGUAAAAAGAAGGCCACCCUAAGUACGGACAUUGAUAGCAGUUACCAGAGAAACCCUGGCAAACCCAGUAUACCAAAGAACACACUGCCGGCCACAAAGAGCUUGAACAAACAACAGUUAAGUUCGGAUGCAACCAAACUGACAAAACACAGUGAGUAUCAUAGAGGUAAAUCUUAUCGAAUCCUUACUCAUCAGAAGCAAACUCCAGUAACUAAGCAUGUUUCACAGUGUAAAAGUAACUCUUUACCAUCAAAAGUAGACCGAGUAAAGAACUCGGUCAAAUCAAUCAAAGGAAGCAUGGAUACUUCGAAAGAAAGGUAUUCAGUACUUGAUCAGUUGCUUCAAUCGUUUCAACAAAAUUCGCCAGCCACAGAGUUACAAACGCAGCUUCCACUAGCCAACCUGUCUGAUUGGAUGGAGUCAAUUUUGAGUGAUUCAGAAGACGCUGACCCCAAUUCUACUGCCGAUUCUUCCCUACUUACAGCGGCUAUAAUAGCCCUAGCGGAACAGUCAGAGAGCACACAGGACUGCACGCCACACAGAAUAAAUAGAGAACAAAACGUGGCCUUCAACGAGAAGAAACAACUAUCAGCAGGUCUGUACGGAGGGCUGGGAGAUACGAUAAACCAAGAUUCAGUGUCCAGUGUAGGUGGUUGUUGGUAUCCGGAAGGCCAUCGGAACUAUCCUCUAGUGGCUGCUUACGGUUUCCCUGCCCAAUUUUGGCCAUCUCUGACCUAUCCACCGGAACUUAAUAUGGAGGACUUACAAAAUUUCUACACUCCAUCACGCUACCCUUCACAAAUUGCCUAUCAUCCGUAUUCCCAGGUGGUUCUGAGAGCAGAUACCUAUCCAUGGUUAAUGGCACAAUCUCGGGCCUACAAAGACUGUGUGAAAAAUCAGUCAAACUACUAUGAUAAGUGCUCACGUCGAUCCAAUUAUUUGCGAAAACACCAGAGGAAAUUACGCCACGGAAGACAACGGACGAGAUUAUGGUAG